CGAAACUGGCAAAAGUAACUAGUUUGGCUUCAGUGGAAACUGAAGAAUGCUACAUCAUACAGAACAAUUAUUUUUCUCUUUCAGAUACUGUUAGUAAAAGUUAGUAAUCAUGUACCCAUAGUCAUAAUACAUGUAUUAGCAACCUAGAUAAGUUUACUGCUGCUCCAUUUCGAUAGCACGAAUACAAGGUCAGUCGUGUUGAGUGCUGUGGAGAAAGCGGUCAUGCGGUGCCAUCCAGUGUUUCUGCCUGGCGACGAGCUUGUACACGCCUGCGAUCAGCUAGAAGAUGUUGAACGGCGCAAAGCUCAAUGUGCCGCUAACGCUUCACAGCACAAGUCGGACGAACCGGACGGAGUGGCCGCAUCGGGUGGGAUUGAGCCACAAUGUAAAAGGCGACCGAGCCAGGACAGUACAGAUGUGGUGAAACCCCUGUUUGGAUUAACCUACACGAAUAAAUCCAAGUAUGGAAUGAAGCUCUGGCCAAAAGGGAAGUCUGUAAAAGUGUGUUUUAUUGGUAGUCAUCCGAAACGUGAUCAAGUGCUACACUAUGCCAGUGAAUGGAGCCGAUAUUGUAGUAUUUCAUUCGUUGAAGUGAAAGAUCGAAGCGACUCGGAAGUGCGAGUGUCUUUCAAGGAAAACAUGGCCUCGUACUCCCUGGUGGGGACGGAUGCACUGAGGGUUGGUAAAGGUGAGCGCACGAUGAACCUUGCUGUGAUUGACAAGUCAACUGUACUCCACGAAUUUGGUCACGUGCUCGGUCUACUGCACGAACACCAGUCACCCAUCAAGGGCAUUGUGCGCUGGAACGUGCCCCAGGUGAUGGCAGAGUUCAAGGGGCCACCAAACUACUGGGAUGAGGAGCAGAUCCAGAGUCAAAUCCUGGACCGGUACGAGGCUGACGGUGUUACGGGCUCUACAUACGAUAUGCAGUCCAUCAUGCACUAUAGCUUUGCUAAAGAGUUGAUAUUGAGCAUUGAUGGGAGGCCGCCACUGGAUUCUGAUAUUCCCGUGAUAUCAGAGCUUUCACCGACGGACAAACUCGUUGUUGAGAAACUCUACGGUCCUCCUGGCACAAAGCCAGCACCACCAAAGGAAGAACCGCAGACUCUACCUGAAGAUGCUGACAAGUCAAAGAAUCACAUCAGCCCUGGAGAGGAAAUGAAAUUCACGUUCACAAGUGAUCCAAAAGAAGUCAGAAAGUACACAAUCGAGACGACUGGCGAUGAAGCUGACCUGGCACUCACCCUGUCUGGUCCUGACAUUGAAACACGUUUCAUCGCUGCAGCCACUGAUGGUGGUGAGGAUGGUAACCCGCGUGUUGUGGACCAUCUUCAACCCGCCAAGACCUACUAUAUUGUGAUCAGGGCCUUUGCCAAAGGCGGAGCGUUUGCGCUGAGGAUAUCGCCGGUUUGUCUAAAUAUCAAAGAUUGUACGAACUUAGAAGUUGCGACUUCGGCGGUUAUCGUCAUGAAGUCAGUCAAGUCAGUCAAGUGUCAAGUUCGGCAAGAAGCGUGUGUUCCUAGAACAAUCAACUUCAUCAAAGAUUGUAUUAUUUAUUUUAUGGCUCAAAUCUGAGUCAAAGGUUAUUCUAGUACUUGAAAUAGGUAUAUUCAAAAAGAUUUUUCCAGAUCUUUUGUUGACAGUAGACCAAGAGUGCUGUCCAGCGCUGUGGAGAUUUUCCUAGUACACCGUUGGUCGUGUAGUUGCAGCAUAGCUGAGGUGACCGACUGGGUUUACUGUGUUUGCCUUGA